AAAAAGCCCCUCUAGCGAAGCGCGCGCAAUGGCCGUGGAUGUGUUAAAAGGAGUGGGCAACGCUCAUUGGGCUGCAGUAGGGCUUUUGGCAGUAGCUAAUGUUCUGGAAAGAUUGGACAAGAUUUCUUCAAAUGACAGGGAAUGCAUAGAUCUUCUCAAAGCGACGUUAGACUUAGCUAAGUAUAUUAAGAUGGUGAGAGACAUCGAUGCUGAUUUCCACAGAGAAAUCUUGAAGAAAACGUCCGAAUCUCUUCAUUUGAUAGUAAGCGGGGCAAUCUUGUGUCACUCCUUUAUCAGAUGCAACAGAAUAACCAAGUUCCUGACAGCAAAGAAGAUCUGUGAAGAACUUGUGUAGCUGCGACGAAAAGUCGAUAGAAUGAAAAUAGAUAUUGUUCUUCUGAUGAAUCAUAUGAUCCUAUGUUCACUUACAUUCCACCUAUCAAAGCAACAUCACCGUACUAAUGAUGAUGGAAGCUUAAAUCAGCACUAUACCAAUG